UUCAUUUGCCGAAAUGCGACAUUGUUGUCGACGUUGUUGUGUCAGCGUCUUUAGCUAAUCCUUAUACGGAAAAUUUCAAUUUGAUUAUAGACAAAUAUUUAAAGUGAGCCACAAAUUCGCGUGUGCAUCGAAUUUUAAGCAACACGUGCCAUGAGUUGUUUCUUGCGUUUAUUUACCAGCACUGGCAAAAUAGAAGGCAAUCCACUAUCGGAAAUUGAACAAAUUGUCAGAAUGAGCAGAGAACAACACGAGUCAAACAGUCGUGGCGAUGGCAUCGCUGUGGGCGAGGAGGCGCUAGAUGCUAGCGCCAGCACCAAUGGUCGUGCCCAUGGCGCUGCCGAUUUGGGCUUUGAGCAGGAUAACAAUGACAAGAACAAGAGCGAAGGCAGUGAUAUCUCAGCCGCCUUGCACAAGCGCCAACAGUCGCUGAACGAGCUGGUUGCCACCGAGGAAACUUAUGUGCAGGAGCUGCAGAAAAUUGUGCAUGGCUAUAUGAAGGAAAUCAACUGCAGUGAUAUACCCAGACCAGCUGAUCUGCAGGGCGGCAAAAUGGAUUUGGUUUUCAACAACAUCAAAGACAUCUACGAGUGGCACAGAGAUAAAUUCCUGCGAGGACUGCGUCACUGCCAAAAGUCGCCAGCUGAUCUGGGACCGCUGAUUGAAAAGUCACGCAACAAAUUUAUCAUGUACUAUCAUUUCUGCAGCAAUAAGCCCUUGUCUGAUUUUAUAGUCACCGCCAAUUCACAAUACUUUGAUCAAAUACGCGACAAACUGGGUCAUCGCUUGGACCUGAGCUCAUUGCUCAUUAUGCCAGUGCAGCGCAUUCCCCGCUAUGAAAUGAUGAUUGAUAAUAUACUGAAGCACACAACGCGCGCCUGCUUGAAAGCCGAGAUGGAAUCCUUAACCGCUGCCCGCGAUCAAAUCAAAAUUGUGGCAAAGACAGUUAACGAUAUGAUGGAGGUGCUGCGUAGUCUGCAGGACUUCGAUGGCGAAAUUACCGCCCAGGGCAAUUUAUUGCUGCAGGGCAACCUCAAUUGUGUGAUCGAUGCUGGGCAGAAGCAGCGCGAGCUGAAAGUCUUUCUUUUCCAACAGAUUAUCAUCUUUGCCGACAUUCAGAAGGCAAAGACGCAGUACUCAAAUCCCGUUUACAAGUAUCGCACACACAUACAGCUCAAUCACAUACACCUACAAACGUUGAGGGAGAACGAGUACAGUUUUCGCAUCAAGUCAACGGAUCCGAAUAAGCCGCCCGUCACCAUCGAUUGCCAGGCUGCAUCGCAGGAGUCCUAUGAGGAAUGGCAGGGAAUGUUAAACAAAAUACUCGAUGAGCAAAAUGUACUUAUACUUAAGCUCGUCGAUCCAUUGAACAAUAAGAAGAAUUAACUUUUAACCACAGUGCUGGAUUCCAAAAACAAACAACAAAAAGAAAACAAAACAACCACGAAAUUUAAACAAAAACAUAAAACUACAAUUACCAUGAGAAAUACUUUACAAAUACUAUAAUGAAAAUCAAAAUAUGAUAUUGCAAAUUGUUUUGGGGCUAAAGCAUAUCCCAAACAAAAAAAUAUAUGAAAAUUCUAGUGAGCACUCGCCUCGCACUUGUCUGUCUGAGCGUCUGUUUCUGUUUGUCUUGCUCACUAGCAUGCACACUCACACACACAACACACACAAACACUCACACACGCUACACAAACAAACAUACUCAAUUCUUAAAUUGUAUGAAACUUUAUUUAUUUUUUCAUCAACGCCACUUAAUGUUUAUGUAAUUUAUUGCGCCGUCUUCUAAACUGUUUCUUUGUAAAAUGCAAGCAAAAGUAUUAUGUGCUCAAGAAUAUUUUUUUAUAUUUGUGCAUUUCUUAAAAUAAUUUCAAUGACUUAUACUGCGGUUUAUUUAAUUUUAUGCGGCAAAUAAGAACUCAAGUACUCACAAUCAAAAGCAAUUUACAAUUAAUCACAACAACAACAAAAAAAACAUACAUAAAAUGAAUAAGCAUUAAGAGUAAGCUCAUAAGAGUUUAUGUUUUAGUUUAUAGUUUUGAAAUUUAGUUGUAACUUUAUUGCUACAUUUUAUUUUGUUUGCGCGGUGAUUUCUGUAAUUAUGCACGUCAUUCAGUGCAAGACAGAUUACGUGAAAUAAUUUAAGUUUGCUUUAAUUUAUAUAGUAUAUACGUACUACAUGCAUACACACGUAUUUGUAUUUUAUAUAAUUUACAAAAUAAACUAUUUAAGCUUUAACAAUUAAUCAAAACAGAAGUGAGGAGUAAGCAUAUAUAGAUUUUUUGAGUUUCUAAUUUAAAACAUGCCUAAAAAUAAAAUAAAAACUAAAUGCCUAUGCAUCAUA